AUGGCCGACAUGAGUGAACGAGGCUCCUCCCCUGCAACGGCCUCUCCACUCUCAGAUUCAGAGUAUGACUCGCCAUCGUAUGCUGGACAGACGAAUGGCCCCCUACCGUCUAUCUCACGUCCAAAUUCCCCCGAUUCGUCGCAUCCAGGGGACGAGCCACCCAUCGUAGAGGACAGCGUUACAUACCACAUCGGAGUCCACAAAUCGAGCUACUCUUGCGAAUGGGCAUCCUGUACGCGGCGGGGAUUAGCGCAGACCUCCAGGUUUGCCCUUAUAUCGCAUAUUCGGUCGCACACUGGCGAGAAACCUUUCAUCUGCAGUUUACCAGAAUGCGAUAAAUCCUUCACGCGAUCCGAUGCACUAGCUAAGCACAUGCGUUUGCAACACAAUAUCUCGCCGCCAGCCCCUGGGCGUGGAGCAUCACGCAAGCGCAAACGAAAUGGCGGAGAGGACGUGAAUUCGUCAGCCCGACCGCCGGAUACGCCCAACCAUGAAGGUAGCCAACGGUGGUCUCGACACCAACCACCCGACGCAGCGUCUGGUUUCAGUCAGUUCAAAGUCGAACCACACACGCCGUCAGAAUUGGAUAGUGCAGCGCUGCAGGAAGGAGAGGCGGGGAACUACUUUGGGUCGAAAGGCAACGGCAAUACAACCAACGGCACAUCUUUUGCCCAACCGCAGCCAAAACAUGGUUCGAUGUUCACGCGUAAUUCUCCCCCUCCCCCUUUCUCCUCCGCUCAAUCUAAUAUUCGCCCGCCUUCCCCUCCAUCCGUCUUCGAUCUCCUACCUCAGCGAUUUGUCGACCAAUAUGACGAAGCGACAGAUACUAUCAUGGGACGUACGCCGUAUCAGGUUUUGUACUUGUUAACCAAAGCGAAGUAUAAGUAUGCCCGCGAUCAACAGGAAGAAUUGGCGGCAGAGCUGGCGAACGCAGAGAUUGAGAUGAGUAGGUUAACUGGGGACAAGGAGAGGCUGGUGGAUGAUGUGCUCAGAGCGCUUGGAGGGCCGGAAGCUGAAAAGUUCAUUCAACCGAUCCCGCCUCCAGAUGCUGGUGUUGACAUGAGGCGGGAAGGGUCACUCCCCGUACAUGAAGCAAGGAUACAUAUGGGUGCCAAUGGCAAUGGUUAUUGA